UAAACAAAACAUACAGUCAAUAUUACAAUAGGAAAGAAAGUCUAUAUACAGUGUGUGCAAAUGAGGUGAGAUAAGGGAGUUAAGGCAAUAAAUAGACCAUGGUAGCGAAGUAAUUAAACACUUGUGUUGGAAACUUUUCCGUGUGUCUUAUUACUUAUUUUACAGGUUUAAAGAAAAAGUAUCACUAUCAAGACAAUCUACAUUAAGAUAAUAUGGAGAAUAUAAACCAGAAAAAAUAUAUAUAAAUUCGAAAAAAAAAUAAUGUAUAAAAAUUCUAAAGCAAUGUAAUACCAUUGGGGGGAAUAAAAGUUAUUAUAUUCUAUAAAAUGACAGUUAAGAUGACAGCUAAGAACCAAUUAGGACUAUAUUAUUUUAUUACUGUCAUUAGGCCUAGCCUAUUAAAGCUGUUUUUGUUGUAUGACGUGAUUUAUUAGUAAAUGGUGCUGAAAUGUCCCUCUCCCCCUUUCUCUUUUUUUUCUCGAAGGCAGGUUUCGAGUUGCAGUCAAGGAGGAGCUGAGAGUUCCUCUGUGGUUGCUGUUGGAACCUGCUGCUCAAAUAUAAAGAGCUGUUUUGCCUCCCGACCGCAAGCAAACACUGAAUCGCAAACACUGAAUCACAACCUCAUAGGAGGAGAUCAGAAACCACAUACACACACGGUGCUUCUCAUAACCAAAAGUGGCAUCCAGUCUAGCUUAGACUUCUAGUUUAGACUUCUAGUUUAGACUUCUAGCCUACAGCUCAACCAAUUUAGUCAGUUGAUGAGUCAGGUCGCUACAAACAAAUUCUUUACUCUUAAAAAAAAGUGAUAAAUAUCUUAUGGAACGUAUUUCUUAAGGCGCAUCCCAUUGUAAUCGAGUCUAGUAAAUUGAGAGCAAGUGAAGUUUUGUUGAGAGAGGAGAGAGCGCAGAGAGCGAGGAUGGCUGCACUGAUCAGCGCGUACUCGUCUUGGCCGGAGAGCUUUGAGUGCUCGGCGGGAGAUGGAGACGUGCCCGACGGACAUGGCUCACACACUCCCGUGGACAAGGCGUCGGAGCCGCGCAUCAGGCGGCCCAUGAAUGCGUUCAUGGUCUGGGCCAAAGAUGAGAGGAAGCGCCUGGCUGUCCAAAACCCAGACCUGCACAACGCAGAGCUCAGUAAAAUGCUAGGCAAGUCGUGGAAAGCGCUGACCCCCUCUCAGAAGCGUCCCUACGUGGAGGAAGCAGAGAGGCUGCGGGUGCAGCACAUGCAGGACUACCCCAACUAUAAGUACCGGCCUCGCCGGAAGAAGCAGCUAAAACGCAUCUGUAAACGCGUGGACCCCGGCUUCCUGCUGGGCAGCCUGGCGGGCCCUGACCAGAAUGCCUUGUCCGACCCCCGGGGCCUCUGCCACCCCUUGGGUUUGGAUACGGACGAGGAUGGGGUUAGUGGUGGUGAUGGAGGUGUUGGGUUCUCGACCCUCUCUUCCCGCAGCCCAGGGCCUCUACCUGGGGUUAGAUCCUUCAGAGACGUACCGUCCAGCUCUAGCUCCAACAGCUUCGACACCUAUCCCUACGGCCUCCCCACCCCGCCUGAGAUGUCCCCUCUGGAUCACGACCACCCCUCCUACUACCCUUCCUCCUCUUCCUCCUCCUCGUCCGUCUCUUCCCACGAGGAGCAUCACCAGCACCGUCAGGGUCAGACCCCCGGAGGUGGAGGUGGGGGUCCCAUGUGCCUCAGUCCUUCAUCCUACCACCCUGACUACACCUCCACUCAGACUUCCAUUCACUGUGGUUCCUCCCACUCCCACCUGACCCACCUCUCUCACUUGUCCCAGACCCAGUCCGGAGGCCUCAUCCCUGGGCACCCUCUGUCCUACUACAACCCAUCCUCCUGGUCCUCCCAGCUCCAGGUCCACCCGGGCCUCAAUCACCCUCACUUAAGGCACCUUUCCCCAGGUCACCACCAACAGCACCACUUGGGUCAGCUAUCCCCUCCUCCCGAGCAGAACCACAGUCAUCUGGAGACUUUGGACCAGCUGAGUCAGGUAGAGCUUCUAGGGGAGGUCGACCGCGAUGAGUUCGACCAGUACCUGAACUCAACGGUGGCAGGCGCUGCGGCAGCAGGGGUGGGGGUGUUCCGUUCCGAACAGGGAGGAGGAGGAGGAGGAGGAGGAGGAGGAGGAGGAGGAGGAACGAUGACGGUGACCGGUCACAUCCAGGUGACAUCAGCCUCGGCUCCGUCUUCUGAGAGCAGCGGCGUCGGGGAAUCCAGCCUGAUCUCUGUGCUGGCGGACGCCACGGCAGCAUACUACAACAACUACGGCAUCUGUUAGACAGGACGGGUUGUCGAGUUACCUGGUCGCCAUGCCUACGCCCGCCGCUCUCGUCGUCACACCUGGAACUGACCAGGGGACAUAUGUCUCAAGCGUUUUAGAGUAGGAGUGCUGAUCUAGGAUCAGGUCCCCCCCGGUCCAUGUAAUCUGAGUCAUUGUGAUCUAGGAUCAGUCCCCUUCUCUCCAUGUAAUUUGAUUCAUUAUGAUCUAGGAUCAGGUCCUCCUCUCCAUGUAAUCUGAUUCAUUAUGAUCUAGGAUCAGGUCCCCUCCUCUCCAUGUAAUCUGAUUCAUUAUGAUCUAGGAUCAGGUCCUCCUCUCUCCAUGUAAUCUGAUUCAUUAUGAUCUAGGAUCAGGCCCCCCCCCCGGUCGAUGUAACUUGAUCCAUUAUGAUCUAGGAUCAGCUCCCCCCCUCUCUCUCUAGGCCCCUGUUUGGGGCCCCUGUAUGGGGUCUAGAGAGAGAGAUACA